UUCUAUAGCACGUUUAAAAGCAACAGUUGCACCAAAGUGCUGUACAACAGAUACAAAUACAAUACAGCAAAUACAGUAUAUAAAAUAAAAAAAAUAAAAACAUCAUAUGAAAAUUAAAAACAUAAAACAGAAUCUAAGCCAAAUUGGCAAGAGAGCCUUAAGCAGGCAUUAUUCAAAAGCCAGGGAGAACAAAUAAGAUUUGAGAGCAGACUUAAAACUAGCUAGUGAAGAAGCGAGUCUCACAUUUACAGGCAGACUAUUCCAAAGUUUCAGGGCGGUAGCUGAAAAAGCCCAGCCACCCUUGGUUUUACAGCGACAACGAGGGACCGUUAAGAGAAACUGAUUACUGGACCUAAGAGCUCUUUGAGGAGAGUAAGCAAUCAGAAGGUCACUGAUACAUUUUGGUGCAAGGCCAGCUAACGCCUUGUACACAAAAUCAGCUAUUUUUAAAUCGAUUCUGAACUUUACAGGAAGCCAUUGUAAAGAUACUAAGAUAGGAGAAAUGUGAUCCUUCUUUCUUGUUCCAGUAAGAAGCCUCGCUACAGCAUUCUGGACAAUUUGUAAACGAGAAAUUGCCGUUUGAGGCAGUCCACAAUAAAGGAAAUUACAGUAGUUCAGGCUAGAUGUUAUGAAAGCAUGUAUUACAGGCUCCAAGUCUUUAUGAGGCAACAACUGUUUCAACUUAGCAACGGAUCUAAGAUGGAAAAAGCUGCCCUUUACCACUGAACUAAUUUGAUUAUCAAAGUUGAGAAACGAAUCAAAUGUAACCCCAAGAUUUCUUACAUAGGGUUGAACACUAGCGGAAAGGGACCCUAAAUUCAAAUCGGAUGAAGUUCUAGAGUGACCUAAAAUCAAAAUUUCACUUUUGCUUUCAUUUAACUGUAUAAAAUUAUCAGCCAUCCAACCUUUUAUCUCCUCAAGACAAUCGUACAGCCAAAGAGCCACCGCCGUCAGUUUUUGCUGGAAGAUAAAACUGUGUAUCGUCAGCAUAACAGUGGUAGGAAAUCUUAUAUUUCUUAAAAAUGGCACCCAAAGGAAGCAUGUAUAGUGAAAAAAGAAGAGGACCUAAGAUGGAACCUUGGGGCACGCCACAUGACAAAGGAGCCAAUGAAGAAGAAAACUUCCCAAUACUCACUGAGAAGGUUCUAUCUUUAAGAUAAGAGGCCAACCACUGCAGAGCGACACCCUGAAUACCCACCAACUUUUCCAGCCGCUGUAACAGAAUACUAUGAUCAAUUGUGUCGAAUGCCGCACUAAGAUCUAACAAAACAAGUACCGCAUAAGAACCAGUGUCAAGAACUUGCAGAAGGUCAUUGCUGACUUUCAACAAUGCAGUUUCAGUGCUGUGUAGUGAUCUAAAACCCGGAAAGUGUCUAGAACUGACUGUAGACAACUCUCUCUAACAGUUUUGAGAUAAAAGGCCAUUUGGAAAUAGGCCUGAAAUUACUGAAAAUAGAAUGGUCAAGAUGAGGUUUCUUUAGCAGAGGAUGAACUAUAGCAUGUUUAAAACUAGCAGGUACAACUCCACUUUCUAAAGAGUUAUUAAUGAUAGCUGUUACAGCCGGACUCAAGGUUGCAAACACUUCCUUAAGUAGACGAGCUGGAAUGACAUCAGACUCACAGGUGGACAAUUUAACCUUAGAAACAAUACCAGCUAGCUGUACAGAGGAAAUGGGGUGAAAACAGGUUAACAACUCUGUAGGUGAACAGCUCAAUGGAGGAUCAAAUAUUGAUGGCUUAAUAGAAGCUCUGAUAUCCUGUACUUUAUUGUCAAAAAAUGUAACAAAUUUCUCACAGGUCUCCCGAGACGGAUCAAGAGACGGGGCAGGUAUGGGAUUUAGUACCAAAUCAAAAGUCUUAAACAGCAACCUCGGCCGGUUCACAUUUUCAGUAAUAAGUUUAGAAAGGAAUUCAGACUUAGCCUCUUUGCCUGAUUUUUGGUAACUAGCUAAGCAUGCUCUUAGACACUGAUAUGAGACUUGGAGUUUGUCCCUUUUCCAUUUUCGCUCUACCUUACGACACUCCUGUCUGAGAGCACGGGUGUUAGCAUUUAACCAAGGCUGAGUAAUGUUGUUUCUCUUCACUUUCCUUGGCUUAAGGGGAGCAACAGAGUCAAUAGAAAUGGAGCAGGAAUUAGUAAAAACUCCAACAUCUCUUGUUUGUAACAUUACAAAAGCCUUUAUCAUCAUUUUUGAUCAAUUUAAAGCAUCCUUGCUAAAUAAAAGUAUUAAUUUCCAUAAUUUCUUUCCCAAAAAACAAAACAAAAAUUAUACCGACUCCAAUCUUUUGAAUGGUGUAUUGUAUAAUGUUACAAAAGCUUUUUUAUUUCAGAUAGAUGCUGAUCUUUGGAUCUUUCUAUUAAAUCAAAGAAUCCAUUAAUAAUAAUACAUAUUUCUUGAGCAGCAAAUCAGCAUAUUAGAAUGAUUUCUGAAGGAUCAUUUGACACUGAAGACUGGAGUAAUGAUGAUGUUUGGCUCACUGUAUUUUAUUUUGAUAAAGUACCAACUGUGCUGUCAAGUUAGCAAUGCUGGAACUGAUGUGUUUAAUAAAAAACCGUCAGGUCUGACAAUAUCGUGUCUUUUCGAAUUUAAAUCUAGAUUUAUUCGCAUUGGCCCAUGGAAACCUCUAUGAACACACUUGACAUGACUUGGCCAAAAAAUCGCGGUGGACGAAUUUACGUUUUGUUAAAGUGUUUGCCUAUUCUGCACUAAUGGCGCGCACACACAGGAUAGAUGCCUGCCUCCGCUGCGAGUCCCUAUCAAGCACUUUACUGAUUCAACUCCUCUCCUCUCGGCUUUUUUUCUCCUCCGAUUACCAGUCCAGCCCUGAAUGUGAGCCAAAAUCACCGCAAUUAAAAGAACCAAAGACUUAAACUACUUCAGUCUGUGUGCACUGAAUUUAAUACACGAGUUUCACAAUUUGAGUUGAAUUACUGAAAUAAAUUAACUUUUCCACGACAUUCUAAUUUAUUGAGAUGCACCUCAAUAUUUAACGUUUUGUUUAGAAAAAAAUUUUCAUAAAUAUGAGAAGUGCCCUUUUUUCCAAUUGAGCCCCUGCCCCUCAAAAUGUCUGUGCACGUCCCUGCAAACAAGUGUGAUGAAUUCAGUGAAAACUGAUGGCACCAGUGGGAGAUUCAGUUCUAAACACAACGGCUGCAUUUAUUUGAAAAAUAUGACUGUAUUCAUAUUUCUGAGGCAUUCGCCUCUUCACCAGGAUCAGACACUGGUGAUUCCAGCAGAAAUUCAAGGGGAAAAACACGGCAUGUGCUGGUAUUACAGAUGCAAACAAAUUAGGCCAAUUUGAAAAAUAAAAAAAAAUUCUUGCAAAGGACAACAAUAACUGUUUUGAAAUCACCUUAUUCUACCCACUUUGCUCUGAAAAUUGUAUUGAGGUUUACAUACAAGAAACAAUCGAGAAUUGCUUGAGAAUGUUAGUGUACACAUCCUGCACUGCCAAUGUGACCACAAGUCUUACACAUGCGCAAAGAUGCACCCUCCAGAAGCUUGCGUUCUGCAAGUGAACGACACCUUGUGGUGCCAUCACAAAGAGGUACCAAAUCCCUCUCACGGACCUUUUCCUGGACUGUGCCCAGCUGGUGGAAUGACCUCCCGAUCUCAAUUCGAACAACUGAGUCUUUAGCCAUUUUCAAAAAUCAUCUAAAGACGCAUCUUUUUCGCCAGCACCUGACCAACUAAUACUAACACUUACCUAUUCUAUCUAUUUAAAAAAUAAAUAAAUAAAUAAAAAAUAACCCCUAGCUACGUGUACUGUGCUGGACUAACUGAGACUUGUCAUGGCACUUGUAUACUGCUGCACUCUCGAUGGUCUGAUUGCUUCUAUUGUUCUCAUAUUGUACGUCGCUUUGGAUAAAAGCGUCUGCUAAAUGAUUAAAUGUAAAGAUGCAUUUUUAUCAAAUAUUCAAAACGAUACACGUGUUUCAUAUGAAACGUGUUCUUUUUUUAACGAGAGAUUCUGCAAACCGUAGUUUGAGAACUACCAUCAUACAGUGAUGACAGAGCUUUGAAUAUUAUAAAAAAAGAAAAUGGACAGUCUGAAACUGUCAAAAUAUUUUUAUUUUAGUGUAUUCUUCUUUGAUGUCUUUAUCUGCUACCUGUUUGUCUUGAUUCUUGCUUUGUUGUUUUUAUUUAUUAUAUAUAUAUAUAUAUAUAUAUAUAUAUAUAUAAUGUUCAUCCUGGUGCUUAUCUACUUUGUUGGGUGUUUUUUGGCAAUAAAAAUAUAUUCAUUAUGAUGUCGCUCUCUACAGGUCAUUAUUAGUAUUACAGCAGAUCAACAGCUGAGAGAAGAUCAUCUUAUGAACACAUUAACAGUAUCAGUAAAAAUGAACAAUAUCACUUUCUAUAAAGCUACUUUGAAACAAUCUGUCCAUUUCAGUCACUUGAAUAAGUGAAAACUAUACAUGUAGUGAUUUCAAAGGGUUACUGUAUUCUUCAAGCUGAUGUAGCCUAUUCUUGCAUAUUUUUAGUACUUAUUAUAUUUUUAAUACAUCUUUCUUUAACACCUUGUAUUCGUGUCUAAAUGUGCACAUAUGUAUAUUUAAUGUUACUAAAUUGCUACGCAAAGCCAUAACUUAUAAAGUUAUUUGACUGUGAAUCUGAUUCAUACAGUGAAGUGUCGCUCUCUACAGGUGACUGUCAGCAUCACGGCGCACUUCUGAGAGCAGAUCUGCAUCACAUACAUACAGCAUUUACAACUGUACAAUUACAGCCUCAAGACAUUAAUGCAUUUAAAUGAAUGAAUCAUUAAUUUUUACAUGUCACAGUAAUAAACUCCGAGCAAAACUCAUGCAUGGUUCAAUUAUCAUAGAAACUAAUUUCACACAAGCAUAAACAUUAGUUUUCUCUGUAAUCUAGUUAAAUGGUUUCCCCUGAACAUCCCUGACGUGAAUGAUGCUGAAGUGAGGUAUGUUACCGCGGUAAAGGCAGUCAGCAGACUUCACGCUGGAUAACUACUGUGAAUAGCUGAGUGUGAGAGCUGAACCCGUGACGGUCAUGAGAACUUCUCAAGAGCUUUGAGUCUGAAUCACACACACAUCAGCAGCGCUCACAAUCACUGCAGACGCUCUACAGAAUCACAUUACACAAAUCAGGUGUUUUGAUCAUCAUGUCUUACGGUGGAUCAGGUUCAGGUUCUCGAGGUGAAUUCAGCGUUCAUUUCUCCAGCAGACGUGGAGCAGGACUCGUCAGAGCUGAAGAGGCCGCAGGAAUCGCCUUACUGGCCGUGAUCCUCACAGCGCUGCUCAUCCUGGGCUGCUGGUAUUACCGCCGACGGGGCGGAUACAAGAUGAUCCGGAGCGGGGGAAACAGCGGUCAGUCGUGGAGAGAGAUGAUGAGAGCGGGUCAGUACAGCGAGUCUGGAUCCGGAGAGGAGAACAAAGUGGCCUUGAACGAAUUCAGCAACCUGCAACCAGCGAUUCCUAACGCUCCUCCGGCCUACGAGAAGAUCGCCUCCGGACCGUCACCUCCUCCUUACUCACCAUGAGUCACAAACUAAGGAAAAUCUGUGGAUUUCUGUAAUGUUUGUGGGAUGAUCGGUCACACAGC